AUGCAAAAACCGCAUCAUCGCACGGGCAGCCCGUGCGUUGGCCAAUUAUUUCAGAAUUACGAUGACGAAGAUAUUGAAAGGUUCGGAGCAAACUAUUUGACCACGCGAAGCUAUAAACCUUUCCUCAUCAUCUACUGUUUUAAAGAAGAUUCUGCACGAGUAUUAGUUGAUCCUUUCUCUUCACCAUCAAAUCAUGUUGCUGGUGUUGUUGUUGUUGCUGUUGUUGUUGUUGUCGUUGUUGUUGCUGCUGCUGUUGUAAUUGUGGAUGGAGAGGGCCAGUAA